GAAACACCGACGAAGAAGAAACACCGACGACGAAGACGAAGACGAAGAAGAAGAAGAAGAAGAAGAAGAAGAAGAAGAAGAAGAAGAAACACCGACGAAGAAGAAGAAGAAGAAUAAGGAGGAGGAAAUCCCGAUCCCAAAGAAGCCGAAGACGCCUACCUCCCUCCAAGGAAAACAAAGUGCCUCGCCGGUGGGACACCUGUCACAAUGGCUGUGUCGUGGUGUAAACCGUGACAGCGAACGCGAAGAUGAUGAACGACAUCAUAGAGGAGCCGGAGAAGGACACUCUGCUGGAAGAGCCGCCGGGGCCACAAGUUGUGUCGGGGCCCAGCAGUGGCACGCGACCCAAGACUGCUGAUGGAGGCGUCAGGCCCGUAGAGAAAAGAGGACCUUACAUCAUGUCCAGAGCUCCUGCCAUCCACCUCAAACUGCAGAAACACAGGGAGAUGGCGAGGAAAGCACUGAAGAAGAAGGCCCUCUCACCAGGUCCUCCGGUGACGCAUCAGCCCAGACAAGGAGCAAAGAGGAUGGUGAAGUACAACAAGGGCUACGCUGCUUUGAGUCAGCAUGCUGAGGACACUUUGGUUGCACUGGACUCAGACAGUGAUGAAGAGAUCGAUUUUGAGCAGUAUUCCUCAGGAUACUCUUCAGCUGAGGUCCAUCCUGAUCUAAGCAAGCAGCUGCUUCAGGACGGCUACCGUCUGGACGAGAUCCCAGACGACGAGGAUCUGGACUUGAUUCCGCCCAAAGCCAUGGGCUCCUCAGUGUGCUGCUGCUCCGAGGGCCCGUCUUGCUCCAUGCAGUGAUGAUGAUGCUGCUGUCCUGACUCAAACCUUGCAGUGUCUUGGCUUCAGGUCCAGACGCUGACUUAAGUCGGGCGGUGCCCGAGGCCUCCUUUCUAAUACCCAGCUCCGCCGCCUGAGGACUUCCAGCCCCGAAGCCGAACACCUGUUCCCACAGGACUUCGUGCACCGAAACACUCGGCCCGCGGAGAAAAGGCGGACGGAUAUAAGACCGAGCUAUAUCCACUGUGACCCCCCAAAGCUUGAGCUUUUUUCUACUUUUCUUUUUAUGAGACGACAGGAAAAACUAACUGUGCCACUGCUUCUAAUCCAGUGGGAAAGUAAUUCAUCGUUUGCGAUGCGUCCUUGUGUCCUCUGGUGAACAGGUCUAAGCAUGACAUGCACCUGACAUGGUGUAUUGUGUGUCAAUGUUCCAGUCCUUUGACAAAUUUACAUUUUUUCCACUUAUUAAGUUACUGCUAUUUGAAACCACCUAUUAUUUUUGUCUUUACUGUCUGUCCUCAAAACUUAUGUUUGAGUUUUGUUCCAAAAUGAGAUGGCCUCCAGGUAUGACAUUAUUAUAAUAAUAAUUAUAUUUAUUAUUGAUAUAAUGUUAUUAUUUGAACAAAAUUAACUAUGAAGAAUACAUUUUUCAAAACUAAGCAGAAGACUAAAGUUUGAAGUAGGAUGUGUGGUGUUGUAAGUAAAACCACACCCUUUCAUUAUGGCUCAUGUGAAAUGAGGAUAAUUAUUUCUUUAGCAAGUGCUGCUAUCUAAAAAACCUUAAAAGAAGUAUCGCAGAUAAUCAAGGGAUAUUUUCUACAGGUUGCAUAUCUUUCUGAGAAUAUGAAAAAAAAAUAAGACAUUUUAGACGUUGUCUUUGAGUAAACUGCUACAAACCAAGGACCCCCUCAUCCACCGCCUGCAGAAAAGUUCUUACAAAGUUAGACAUCCACCAUUUCACAAGUUUAUAUGGCACAGCAUAUAAGCAGACAAGUUACUGAAGAUAAGGACCACUGAUAUUUGGUUUGACUCAAUGGUCUCUGUAUUGUUGAAUUAAGUUUCAUUCCAGAAAACAAUAUCUUUCAUGUUUUACAAAAAGCUGCUACAAAAAGAUUUGCGGAAUAAAAACAAUCUAUUUACAGAUUCCAGUGUAAGACAUCUUGAGACAAUUGUUUAUGUGGUAAGAUGUGAAUGUGUUUUUUGUUUUACUGAUACGAUUUAGAUAACAAUUUGUCAUAGAUGGUAAUCAAAAGAACAGGUUACUUACUUUUUUUGCCAACAUUGAUAUGUAGCAUUUAAAAAGUUCCAUUAGAGACUGACAGGGUAUCAAUCCAACAAAAUGUAUCCCCGUGUCAUGUUAAACACGUUAGAUCAGAGAUACAUUAUUUUAUUUAUUUAUUUUUUAUAAAUAUAUUUGUCGGGGACACUUGUCAUAGAUGAUUGUGUCAGAUUAAAAAUAGUAAACCAGAGUUGUAAGGUUUACUGUGAGGCAUCGGUUCAUAUUCUCCUCUGGUGGUGUUAUUGUGUGUCUGGUUUUGUUUCUUACAGAAUGGACUGAUGGAUGAGCUGAAAAUCUUUAUUAUAUGAUUUAUAUUUUAUUUCAGUUAAGAAAAUAAUCUCGACUCAUAUUUUAUGAUUCUUUUUUUGAUGUUUAUUUUGAAACUGCAUUAACAAUGUUCACUUUUCAGGAGAUUUGUUUGUGAGAGUGUGCAACCCGAAGGUUAUUUGACUUUCACAUACACUUGUAAAAGAAAAAAACAAAAAAGCACCCCACAACUGUUUAAAUGCAUAGAGGUUUUAAGUCAGGACACACGAGUGGCCACUGUUAGACUUCACCUGUAGACCACCCUGUCUUAUAGGCUGUGAUGUUGGUCGUUACAAGGGGUAUAACUAUUAGUCGUAUAAAACGGUGUAGCAGAAUACUUGACCGCCAUAAAGAGGGCGGAAACUGGAAAAGGGUUUGCCAUUUAAUGCUAGAAACUUUUAGGGAGCUUGAUCUCUACUCCACACAGCACCGUGAUCACUUCACAAAGAAAACACCAGGUGCAAAAAUGUUACACAUAGUAACAUGAGCAAUGUACACGGUUUAUUCCCGGGCAAUCACCGUGGUUGUGAUGUUGGCCGUUAAGGGAUAAUGACUGAUUCUAUGCUUGAACCAAGUGUAAAUCACUUGAUAGUCUGUGAGCUAAAGGCUGGACAUAAAGUGUAUUAUCCCCCCGACCCCCAGAUCUGCAUGAUGUUCUUAAAUACAUAACUAUUGCACUUAACACCAGUGGUCAGUAGCAAGUACACUCAGACUCACCUGUACUAUGCAUCUAUUGGGACAAUCUGCUUGUCAUACAACAUGGUGACGAUAAUGGCAUGUAGUCUUAUUGAGUGUGCUAAUGCAAUAACCUAAAUUGUUACUUUACGAUGGCGAACACUAAUCUUUUUAUUGUUUUCUAUUUGAUUCGACAUUGCAUUGGUUCGCAUUAAUUAAAUAAAACUGACUUAUCUACAAUCCCA